AUGCUGCCGGCCGUUGCAAAAAAGAACCAUCUCCCACGGCUAGAUCUACCCAAAUUUUCGGGAUCGCCAUCGGAGUGGCCCGCGUUCGCGGGGCGGUUCAACAAACGCGUGGCUGGAUUGGAAGAAGAUGCAGACCGCUACGCCUUCCUUAUCCAAUGCUUUGAACGGUGUGAAAUAGCCCGUGACAGCUGCGAAGCAUUUGAAAAUGCUGGGAUGACCUUCCAAGACGCGUGGAAACGUCUUGAGGAACGCUUCUACAAGAAGCGCGUGGCAUUUCUCGGCCACUUUCAGCAGCUGUACGCGUUACCCAAAUUGACAGCAGCGUCUUCAACGGCAUUGAUGCGGCUUAUCGACGCCGUUGAAACAUCGACAUCGUCAGCGCGCCAGAUUGCUGGCAAAAUGGAUCAAGCCGCGUCAGCAGUGGAAGACGGAAUGAUAGUGAGCUUCGUUUUGAGCAAGUUGGACGAGGAAACCGCUGCUCAGAUCACUCGCCGCCUGGAUUCUCAGCAGAUCCCUACGUGGAAAGUACUCCGCAACGAGCUAGAUCAGCUGGCCAACACCCUCUACUACGAACCAAAGGCCAAGCCAGAAAACAUCUUCCGGACGGAACGUCCCGCUACGAACCACCCACCGGCGCGGACGGAGCGCGCGAUGCUGUCCGCUACUGUGCUCGCAGAAGGCCGACAUGCGAAUAUCGGAACAGUAGGCAAUAGAAACCAAUCAUGGAUGGCGGUGCGACGGUGUUAUGCGUGCGAUAAAACAGGGCACGGGUCCACGUUGUGUCCGGAACUGCGCGUGCGGUAG